CCAAAAUUGGUUGUAAUGAAAAUGGUCACAGAUAACAAACACAAAUACACUUCCAACAGAAAAGACGCGUUUGGUUCAUUCAACCUGCUGGAAGACUUCCUCUGCCUCUGAUCACUCACCUCGACUCUGCAUAGAAUAUGGUCGUCAUCUCCAUACCAACAACCAUCUCGAAAGAGCCUGAGACUACAGCCUUCGGGACAUGCAUCGACACCAAGGAGACAUUACUGCUCGAAUUUCAGGGCGCAGUGGAGAUGGACGGAGCCUCCUGGGCAGGCAAUCCUCUAGGACAGCUCUCUAUUCUCGAAGGAGGCGUCAAGGCUCAAGUCGUUAUCGGCAACCAUCGACUCGAGGGCAAAGUCAUGAAGCUGGACAAACCCCUGCUUCUGAUUCAAAAGCAACAAAAGCCAAAAGACGCCAUAGAUCAUGAAACCGCUCCAGCAGGACUUGCAAGCAAAGACAAUGGCAAGGAACCAUACCGCGAGCCAGACAACGAUUUUCGGGAUCGUCGGUCCCCGUUUUCAUCGAUGCCACCGUCUUCUCCGCCUGGACAUGACGACGACGAUGACACAAUGACAUCGACGACAUUGGGCAAUGUUACUGGAACGGAUACAGGAAUAGCUCAGUCAGGCCCAAUGACUCCUCCAGGCAGUGAGGAUGUGAUUCAGUACAACACAGUCGCCAUCAUCCGACAAAAGGUUCUCUUCAAUAUUAUGCCGGUACCAAUUAUCCACACGGAGCGUCGUGGACUGACUGUCAUUAAGCGAGGCGUAUAGACCCAUGGCUCGUGUUGUUGAGGAGCAAAACUACGUCGCAACUCUCAAAAUCUCAAGCAUAAU